GUUUCUCCCGUCCUGCGCGAGCCGGCCGCGAGCUCGUGUACGGAGUGCAGCACCUGCUGGUAUUAUCUAUCAGACCACUGAUGCUGACCGACCACGUCAAACUAAAUGAGGGGCCACUGAAAUAUGAAUGAUAAUGAUACUCUUUUUUUGCAUUGCUUUUCACCAUAUGCAUACGCAUAACUUAACCUGACCCAUCUGCGCAUGUGUGCCCCGCUUCGGAUUAGUUUGUAUGAUUAAACAGUCCUUUCUGAUGAUGUGAUAAAUGGUGUAUUUUUUUUUAAGUGCGUUCAAGUAAAUAUACACAUCUCUUCGCAACCAAUGAGGGCCGGGUGGGGAAAAAAAAAACACUAAUCAGGUGAUCUAAUUUUGGGGGUCACAUGUCCCGAUAAAAGAUGGACCCUGAGAGGGAGGGACAGCCUUUAGGACACUUGAACGUGGUUCGAUUUCCCGUCACACUAGCGGAGAAACUUAGAAGAAAAAAAAAAGCCUGUGUGUGCUUGAAGACAUGUCCUCCACCUCCCAGAAGCACAGGAGCUUCAUCGCCGAGCCCAUGGGGGACAAGCCCGUGACCGCCCUCUCGGGAAUCGGUGAAGUCCUGGGACGGAAACUGGAAGAGCAAGGGUUUGAUAAAGCUUUCGUGGUCUUGGGGCAGUUCCUUGUGCUGAGGAAGGAUGGCGAGCUCUUCACAGACUGGCUCAAGGAUGCGUGUGGCGCCAACAACAGACAAGCAACGUCCUGUUAUCAGUGUUUGAAGGAGUGGUGUGAUGCCUUCCUGUGAGGAUCGCUGUCCUUGCAGAUCUUGACUGAAAAAUUAAGAGUACGAUUCCACUGGGGAAACUGAUUCAGCCGUUUGAGCUUUUAAAUAAGUAUUUUUUAAAAUUUGAAAUAAAGCAUUUUCACAAUUUCGGGUGAGAUGUAGGUUUUAAGAUCAUGCUCACCCACCAUUGAGUUCAGCUUUGGGUGGUAGUGCUUCACCACCUCUCCUUCAAACUUGGUUGAGUACAGUUGGCAGACUGUAGAAGUGCUAAAAACUCACCUUCACAAAGUGUCUUCUACACUUUUUUUUAAUGAAGGUAAUAAGUGUCUGCAUUAACUGGAUGUAAUAAACAAUUUCUUUACACCAUCGGUGAAAGUGUUCUGAAGUGUCAAAGCCCUUGUGACUACUGGCCUUGAAUAUAGAGCUAAGUAUUGGCAGUGACUGGUAUGUAGAUUAUUGUUUUUAUAUUUAACGUUGUCAUCCUAAUACUAUUUGUUAAAAAUCCCUUACAUGUAA